CUGACCUCACAGCCUCCAUCCAGCCGUACCUCCAGCGCAUGUGGGUUCAGCUGCGUGUGUCUGGACAGAACUGCGGUCCAUAGUCUCUCCCCGGUUCGGCCCGGAUGUGCGGGGAGAGUUUUGGUUCCACCUCCCCCCAGCCCCACGUGGUCCGGCCGUUUCCACAGGUGUGGCCGCCUCACCUGUCUGUCUCACCUGAGGGCUCGGGUCCCCGCCUCCUCGCUCAGACCCAAACUGCGGUAAUCCCGCCCCGCAGGUCGGGCCAAACGUGACGGCGGACGGGUUUUUCCGGCCCCGCAGAGCCGGUUCCUCCCCCCGCUUCCAGGCGGUCCAGAGCCGGCGGAGGCGACGCGAGGACGGUGCCAGCUCCGGUCCGUGUCCGAGAUCAGCGAUGAGCGCACCAGCAGCGGGUGAGAAGAUGGAGAGCCAGAGCCAGAUGGUGGCGCGGUUACGCGCGACGUUCCGCUCGGGCGUGACCGUGCCGGAGGAGUUCCGCAGAACCCAGCUGACCGGCCUCAUGAGCAUGAUCAAAGACAACGAGGACCAGAUCACCGACGCGCUGCACCGGGACCUGGCAAAGCCCAAAUUCGAGGCCGUCCUCUCUGAGAUUGAGAUUGUGCUGAAUGAGCUGUACCACUCCAUCUCCAACCUGGCGCGCUGGAUGCAGCCGGAGUAUGUGUCCAAAAGCCUGGCCACCAAGCUGGACGACUGUUUCAUCCGGAGGGAGCCUCUGGGCGUGGUUCUGAUCAUCGGGCCGUGGAAUUACCCGCUGCAGCUGCUCAUCUUGCCCCUGAUUUCUGCCAUCGCUGCAGGAAACUGCGUGGUUAUCAAGCCGUCAGAGGUCAGCGGCGCCACUGAGGGUCUGGUGGCCGAGCUCAUCCCCAAGUACCUGUCUCAGGACUGUUACACGGUGGCCUGCGGUGGAGCCGAGGAGACCAAGGCGCUGCUGGAGAAUCGAUUCGACCGCAUCUUCUACACAGGCUCCCAGGCCGUGGCCAGAAGCGUGGUGCAGGCGGCCUCCGUCCAUCUGACGCCGGUGACCUUGGAGCUGGGUGGCAAGUGUCCCUGCCUCAUCUAUGGGCGGAUAAACAUCACCGCUGCUGCCCGCCGCCUGGUGUGGGCCAAAUACUUUAACGCUGGCCAAAGCUGCGUGGCUCCAGACUAUCUGCUCUGCACGAAGGCCAUCCGAGACGCUCUGGUACCGGCUCUGCGCGAGGUUCUGGAGGAGUUCUACGGGAAGGAGCCUAAGGAGAGUCCGGACGUGUCGCGCAUCGUGUCAGACCGACACUGGACUCGCCUCAUGGAGCUGCUCAAGAAGACCGCCGGGACGGUGGUUGUGGGAGGAGAGGCCAACCGGGAGGACAAGUACAUAGCUCCCACGGUGGUGGUGGACCUGCAGGAGGACGACGCUUUGAUGGGGCAGGAGAUCUUCGGCCCCAUUCUGCCCAUCCUCACCGUGGAGACGCUGGAAGAGGGCAUCGACUUCAUCAACCGGAAGGAGAAGCCUCUGGCGCUCUACGUCUUCUCGGACGAGUCCUCGGUGGUGAAGACGGUGAUGGAGAACACGAGCAGCGGGGGGUUCUGCUCCAAUGACGCCAUCAUCCACAUGACGCUGCCCAGCCUGCCCUUUGGGGGUGUAGGUAUGAGCGGGUGGGGCAGUUACCACGGGCGCUGGGGCUUCGAGGAGUUCAGCCACCGGCGCGCCUGCAUGCUGCGCGGCUGGGCUCUGGAGAGGCUCAACGGGCUGCGCUACCCCCCCUACAGCAGCGAGAAGCUCAAGUGGCUGCGCUGGACCACGUCUCCUCACAGCUGCUCGAUCAUGUGACCGCAGGCCGCCGCCCACCGCCACCGGAGGGAAUCGGCACGGGGGGGGUCAAACAGAACCUUAACUUCUGUCCUGAAGCCAGAUUUAAGGCGGACGGGACAGUUUGGCACAGAGAUGUAAAACCCAAAACAAGCAAAAAUAAAAAGUGAAGAUUGUCUCUGA